AUGAUUGACAAUCUGUUGAAAGUCGGUGCCUAUAUUCUGGCUGCGUACGGUUUAUACGUAGUGUUCGUUCUUGUUCGUUACAAGUACGACGAUUAUGUCGCUGCUCGCCACGGUUGCGCAGUUCCAUUUUACUCUGACAGAGAGAUGCCAAUUGGCAUCAAAGGAUCCUACAUGACCAUGAAGUCACUGUGGAACAGUACAAUUCUCGAUUUUUUCCAGGAGAGAAUCUCUGAAGCUCGUACCGUGCGUACUGUCGUCUCUGGCCAGCGAUGGUUCAUAACCAUCGAGCCCGACAAUGCACGCACUGUGCUGGCCACUUCAUUUAAGGACUAUUCGCUGGGCUUCCGCUACGAAAGUUUUUUCCCGUUGCUUGGCAAUGGUAUUUUCACCCUCUCUGGUGAGGGCUGGAAGCACUCUCGAUCCAUGCUGCGUCCGCAGUUCUCGAGAGAGCAGGUGUCUCAUUUGCGAUCCAUCGGUGAGCACCUCGACAUUUUGAUGCGCAGAUUCACGAAUGGAAGCAAGGAUGGCGGCACUGUGGACGCCCAGGCUCUGUACCACCAAUUGACCUUAGACACGGCAACCGAGUUUCUGUUUGGAUCUUCGUCAAACACCUUGGACGAAAAAACCACUACAAUCAAGGCUCCUCGCGGUGAAGUCUCAAACGCCCAGUUUGCGGAAUCCUUCACAAGCUGUCUGCUUACACUGGCUACUCGGGUAGUUCUGGGGUCUCUUUACUGGGUCUACAGUCCGCCUGGCUUCAAGAAAAAUGUUGAAGUGUGCCAUAACUUUGUCGACUAUUAUGUCCAGAAGGCUCUCGAGAAGCCCAUGGGACCUGACGAUACCGCCGACCGCUAUGUCUUCAUCAAUGAGUUGACCAAAGAAACCCAGGAUCCUAUUGUGAUCCGCGAUCAAGCCUUCAAUAUCCUGCUUGCUGGCCGCGACACCACUGCAGCUCUGCUAUCGUACUGCACAUUUUAUUUAGGCCGCAACAAGGACGUUUACAAGCGUCUGCGCGAGAGCAUCUUGGCUGAUUUCGGUGAAGGCCAUGAAAACAUCACAUUCGAGUCACUCAAGCGCUCCAAGUUUUUGCAGAACAUCAUCAACGAAACCCUGCGUUUGCACCCCAUUGUACCUUUGAAUUUUAGAACGGCUAUUCGCGAUACUAAACUUCCCGUUGGCGGUGGCCCCAACCAGGACCAACCCCUGUUUGUCCCCAAGGGUACCAACAUCUUUUACCUGCCGUACGUUAUGCAGCGUCACCCGCGCUACUGGGGUGAAGAUGCUAACGAGUUUAAGCCAGACCGGUGGGACGACCCGGAGACCCAGCGUCACACAUGGGACUAUAUUCCGUUCAACGGUGGUCCUCGCAUCUGCCUUGGCCAGCAGUUUGCUCUCACAGAAGCUUCGUAUGCCCUGGUGCGUGUUGCUCAAACUUUCAAGGACAUCAACAUUGUCCAUCCCGCUCCCAAUGAGCCCCUUCGCCAGAUCAUGCGCUUGACAUCUUCUGUUCUAGGGGGCGUGGAAGCGAAUUUCGUUCCUGCGUAA